AAGAGCAAGUACCAGAAAGGCUCGAUUGGGGAAAGCUUGUUCACCUUCAGCCACAAAUGUCAGAUUAUGCUGCAUGUCGCAGUGGAGACAAAUCCGUACGCAAAAGUUCUCCUCGGAGCCCUGAAGAACUCAGGCUGUGUACAAAGACAGACAUUUCUCCUGUGAGGACUGUGACGGAACCGUUAGUGGCGGCUUUGAUGCCACAACAUCUCAAGUGAGAGGAACUCCUUCAGAACGGUCAUACGCGAUAUAUGAUCAAUCAUUGGUCUGGAUAUUUCUAUAAAAGAAGAUGAAACAAAAUUUGAGAUUUGUAACAAGUACUUGGGGAGGUUUAAAAAAAAUGUACGGUAUUGCGCAAUAAAUAUAAUUGUACAGAUAUUUUUGGACUAUGCUAACGUAUAUAAUCAGUAAAAAAUGAUUAUUCUAUCAUUAGAAUUAUAUAUGCAUGAGUAUAAUUAGUAUAUGGAUAAUGGUAAUGAUUUUGUCUAAAUACAUUAAUAUAACGUCCAAGUUAACAUCAGUGAGAGAGUAAAACUGUUGUGUUCUCUUCUGCAGAUUGUGUUGUGUCAGAACAACAUUCACCAACAGGCUCAUAUGAACAGAGUGGUCACACAUGAGCUCAUUCAUGCGUUUGAUCACUGUCGUGCACAUGUUGACUGGUUCAAUAACUUCAAACACUUGGCUUGCUCAGAGAUUCGGGCAGCCAGUCUCAGUGGAGACUGCUCGUUCAGCAACGAAGUCGCUAGGUUUAAUUUUGGCCUUAAAAAGCACCAUCAGGAGUGUGUGCGGGACCGUGCGACACGCUCUAUCCUUGCCGUGCGGAAGAUAAGCAAAGAGGAGGCGGUGAAAACGGUCGACGAGGUGUUUGACAGCUGCUACAAUGAUCACGAACCGUUCGGCCGCAUACCACACAGUAAAAAAGACGCCAGGUUCGCCUACAGAGAUUUUGAGAACAGAGACCGAUACUAUGCAAACUUAUAGGUGUCAGUCACCAGUGUGAAUAAAGGGAAAUAUUUGACCUAAUCCAUGCAGCAUGCUAUUUUGUUAUAUAAUCCAGUUGCAUAUUUAAUUAAUUGUGAUUUGGUUCAAUGCACUGAAUAAAUUGUGUUUUGUUUUUUUUUCUCUAACAUACUAUGUAAUGCUUUCCUAAAUAUGUUUUAAAUAGGAAGACCCAGAAUAAUAAUGGUGCCAAAAGACACCAUUUUAGAUCAUUUUUUUUGUAUUAUAUGGAAUAAAGACAACUCGUAAUUUUGCUGA